AUGGACCGGCCGCCCACCGAGACGGCGCCGCCCGUGACGGAGCCGCCGGUGGCGGCGCCGCGGCGGAGCGAGUGGUUGGAGUGCCUCAUCCAACACGAGCUGCGCGCCGGGCCGGAGAAGAAGCACGCGGAGGUUUGGGUCCUGCGGCGGCCGCACAUCAACUUCUUCCGGCGUUUGUUGACCCUGCGGGGCUUCUGGGCGCACAGCUCCUCGUCGCAGCUCAAGUGCCGAGAGCGUUCCAUCGAUGCGGAGAUGAACUGCGUGGAUUGCGUGCGCCUGUUGCACGGCGGCUUCUAUGGCCACAUGGGCGUGGCGGUGCCGGCGCAUCCCAAGCAGGAGAAGGUCAUGGGGUGCCUCCAGCUCUCCAAGGUGCUGAACGUGGAAGCCAACCCCGCGGACGAUCAGACCAACGGCGCCUGGGAUUCGGCGCCCACGAGCCAGCUCCGAGGGAAGAUCCGCCACGAGGUGCGGAACGUCUUCGAGUACACCUUGGUGCGACGACCGGCGGAUCCCGAGGCCGUGCUGCAACGGGCACUGUCCCGGGUGGGUGAGGAUGGCUACAACUUGGUCUGGAACAACUGCGAGCACUUCGCCGCACCUGGGCGCCAACGACAAACGCGGCGGAGAGCCGGGUUGCUGCGGAGCCGGUGA